AGUCAAUUACUGAAUUUUCUACUUUCAGAUUUAACUACGUCAACAUGACGGCUGAAGAUAACGGAAUGACUUUACAGCCAAAUACAACAGUUAUAGUAGUGCAUGAACUAAUAUGCUACUAUGAUAAUCAGACUGGUGCGGGAAACAACACAACUGCAAUAGGGGCGGACUCGGCCAACUUACCAAUACAUCAGAUUUUUAUGAUAACGUCAUACGUGUUUAUCUGUUUGUGUGGACUAGUAGGAAAUGGGCUAGUGAUUUAUGUUGUGUUGAGGUUUUCUAAAAUGAAAACUGUAACAAAUCUGUACAUAUUAAAUCUAGCGGUGUCGGAUGUCCUGUUUCUGUUGAGCCUGCCAUUCCUAAUAACUACAACUAUUCUGGAAUACUGGAUAUUUGGCAGAGCAAUGUGUAAAAUAUAUUUUGUAUUUUUCUCAAUAAAUUUCUUUACAAGUGUGUUUACACUUACAGCCAUGUCUGCUGACCGAUAUCUCGCAGUUUGCCAUCCAGUCCGGUCAGUGUACUACAGAACAACGAGAAUAGCUUUCUUCGUUUGUCUUAGUAUCUGGUCCAUAUCAUUUUUCGUGAUGCUGCCAAUAAUUCUAUACUCAACUACAGUCUCAAACCAGAAAUACGCCGACAAAGAUACGUGUACAAUUCACUGGCCGGAUGACCAGCCUAUUCCUGGCGAUAAAGCCUUUACGUGGUAUACGUUCUUGCUCGGAUUCCUCAUACCAGUUGCUUUGAUAUCAGUGUUUUAUAUAUCUGUCGUUCUACGGUUAAAAAGUGUUGGUCCCAGCAAGAAAUCAAAAGAAAGGAAAAAGUCAAAUAGGAAGGUCACUCGAAUGGUUCUUGCUAUGAUUUCCGUGUACGUUAUUUGCUGGCUACCUUACUGGUGUUUCCAAGGAAAUCUUACAUUUAAACCAUCCGGUACCAAAGUGUCGAGCUGGCAAAUAUAUAUGUUUAGCGCCUUCACAGUGUUAUCGUUUGCCAAUAGCAUGAUAAAUCCAAUUUUAUAUGCUUUUUUAAGUGAAGUGUUUAGGAAGAGCUUUUUGAAAGCUUUCAACUGCGUCCAGUUUAUUGAAUCGUCACGAAGUCACACAGCAGAUAAUAGCAUAUUUCCAAGAUCAACAACACGAAAAGAAAACGGAAAAGAUGAAAAGUAUGAAUUUACGUCAAUGGUGAAUCAAACGGAAAAUACAUGUAUGCAUACAAAUAAUGCAUUUCAGCUGAAUAACGUAGAUGUUCACAAAUACGAACCGAAUGGGAACGAGGAAAAGGUCCUAGAAACAGAUAUUCAAUAUGUUGAUAAGGAAAUACAAACAAAGCAUGGCCAAGAAGAAUUAUAAUUCUCUAUAGUUGCAUAGUGGUUUUCCAGAAUGCACUUGAAAUAAGAGCGUGUAUCAAUGAGUUAUUGAAAAAACUAAUUAUUGUUAUUUCAAAAAUAUGGUUUGUUUGCGAAAAGGUACUCUUUUGAUGGUUAUUGGUGAUCAAAAACAUUUUAUGUGAAGUGACGAGAUAAGGACAAAAUUGUUCGUGUAUAAAGUAAUUGAAAUAUUAAAAAAACGAAGUGAAUAAUAGACAAACGUCUUCAGAGUAUUGAAAUAAUUUCUUGUUAUUGCUUUACUUGCUGUGUAUAUAGCUUAAACGCAUCUGAUAAGCUUCGUUAUCAAAAAAUUAGCUGGACUAACAUGACUGUCUUUAGCUGAUAAUCAAAUUUAAUAGCUUCUGAUUACUUUGCGUGACGCUGUUACAUCAAUAUGUCAUUAGUAGUUUAAAUCCUGCUGUAAAUAAGUAUUUGUCUCGGUGUAAUUAUACAUGAAGUAUAUUGAUUGAGUUAUAAAUUGUUAGAUUUUAAAUUUACUUACUGUAAACGUUAACUUCUGUAAUGCUUUUCAAUAUCAACAAUGUUGAAUAAAAAGAGAAGUAUAAAGAUAUUUAUUGAAAUAUAAUCUAUAGUUGGAGUUAUUGUGAGAUUUACAUUUUUUACUGAUUUACUACUGCUUUGAUUUGAAAACAUGGCAUCAAAGGGAAACAAUUCCAAUAAUGAUUGGAAUCCCAAUACACAAAGUUAGAAAUCAUAGACGGUGUUCUUAUGUUGAUAACUUGAUAAGAUAUAAUAUUUAUUUUGAUUAUUAAUAUAUAUCUAUAUAUCAUUGUAGCAAAGCAUUAUAUAAUAAUAUAAAUAUAAAUUUAUAUAUUGUUUACGUUAACCGUUAUCUAAUCAACAUUUGUUAAGCUAAGCAGCGUUUAAAAAACGCAGCGUUACGCAUAGACGCUGUAUUAUAAAAGUUUCAUACAAGAAUGAAAUUCUGCCGUUUUUGUUUGGCAAAUUCAAUACCAGUUUUCAAUCAUUUUAUAAUUAUAUGCGUGUCUUAGUUAUAUAUUACAUAUUUACAUCCGUACUAUUAAUCUUCUAUAUAUUUUCAAGGACAACUUAGAAGUAUUGAAGAUCUAUUGAGACAUAAAUGGAUAUUACGUCUAUGAUGACAAAACAAAACCCCUUCUUACUUGACAUCGGCUUCAAACAUAUUGAUAACUCUUCAACUCAAGAUCAUAUCUUUAAGCUGUUGAAACAUGUAUUUAAAUACAGAUCUUAAGAUCUGUGACAUAGUAAAAAAUGUACAUACCAUAAUGCACGUACUACACAACAUUGUUUGAAAAUAGUCCUAUCUGUGUAACAGAACAUCAUAUGAUGACAAUUAGUAAAAUAAGGAUAUAUGGUUUACAAUGAACAGAGUAUUCUAUUUUUCUUCAUUUUGUUUUACUUUAAAUGUUUCUUAAAUUAAAAAGAUUAUUUUUCUUACUAUUAUUUUUUUUUUGGAAAUCUAUAUAUUGAAAUCUGGAUGUAUGAAUAAAAUAAAUAAAAAUCACUUCUACCAAUAACGUUAUACGAUAUUUUCUUUAUUAUAUAUACAUGUCAUAUUUAUCUGUUAAUCGUGAAUGUUUAAAAAUGUGUAACUUGCAUUAAAGAUAUUAUCUACAUAUCUCUAUAUUACUGUAAAAGAAGCUCGGAAAACUGUGUUUAUUUAUUUCAUAAGGAGCAACAUAUAUGCUCGACAUAUUUAUUAACAUAAACAUGUUAUUAUUAUGCUAACUGGAUAUAAAAACGGCACUUUAUACAGCAAAUAACUACUGUAGUGUUAAAUUUAACUUCAUUUUAAAAAUAAAUCAUUAUACAUUGUAUUAACUUUUUCGACCUCGAAAAUUGUAACAUAAAACAUAAGUAUAAGUUAAUAACUGUUCCUAUUUCUCGAAAGUCAAUUAAUACAGAAUAUCUUCUAAAAUAUAUGUUUAGAAUAAAUUUUAAAAAAUAUAUGCGUUUUUUUAUUGUUAACUAUAACAUACAUUAUCAUUAAACAAUUUAUAUUUAACCCGCUUUUUACAAAAGCUUUUAUAAUUCUAAGUAAAUUUAAUAAGCUGAAAACAUUGGGUGCUUUUAAUCAGAAUUAACUGUUUAGUGUAAUAUGUUUAUAUGAUCUAAUUCCUUUUUUCCAUUUACAUUCCUUAAUUUUCUUCGUUGUAUGAUUUUUAUUACAUUAUAUAUGAUGUUAAACAUUUCAUUUUAAUUCACAUUUCUCGAAAGAGAUGUUGGUCUGAAAUAAGCCUCUCCUUUUCAUCAAAUAAAACUUGAUAUAUUUCAUUAGUCGUACGCACACAUAUAAGUUGAUGUUAUUUUUAUAGAGUAUUUUUGUACAUGUAGCUCAUUUGUGUAUCCCUUGUUGACUUGUAUUCAAAAUUAUUAAAAGGAUAUUAAUCGGAGAGUGCCUUUAGACGCGCAAAGUAUUUCAUUAAAUGGUACUCAAUUUCGAACCAAUACAAUAUAAUUUUACAAUGUUAACAUUUUCACUAUUAUAAUUGAUAUAGUUACUUUGUUUGUAAUAACAUUCAACAACAAAAAAGUUACCACAUACAUUGAAUACAUGAUACAUUUGACGAAGAAAAUAUAAUCAGUUUUAUAUGCAUGCCUGAUUUACAUUAUGUAAUGUUUUUGUUGACCGUGACUGUUUACUGAAUUGCUUUUGUUGUAUGGUUAUCAAAUAAAUGUUGCCGUUUAUUUUCUGA